UUGCUUGGUGAUGCAUGCAUGGUACCCUUAGCUUACGAGGCACGCAUCGUUUCUCCCAUUCAUCAUUUCCCUGUGCAAUAGCUUGAUCUACUUCAUUUACCCAUGUGAACAUCGUUCUAAUACGAGCUCGCUUUCAACCUCCAACUUGUACCAGUGAUACCAUACGAUACUCUUGAUUAUAUUGGACGAUUUGGCGGGAAUUCCAACGAUGGCACGUACCAAGCAGACGGCACGAAAAUCAACUGGCGGGAAGGCGCCAAGAAAACAACUUGCAACGAAAGCGGCUAGAAAGAGUGCUCCCGCAACGGGUGGAGUGAAGAAGCCUCAUCGAUUUAGACCAGGAACCGUUGCAUUACGAGAGAUCCGUCGCUAUCAGAAGAGCACAGAACUGCUCAUCCGUAAGCUCCCAUUCCAGCGACUCAUCCGUGAGAUUGCUCAAGACUUCAAGACCGAGCUCCGCUUUCAGAGUUCUGCCGUUCUGGCGCUUCAAGAGGCCAGCGAAGCCUACCUCGUCGGUCUCUUCGAGGACACCAACCUGUGCGCCAUCCACGCCAAGCGCGUCACCAUCAUGCCCAAGGACAUUCAGCUUGCCCGACGUAUCCGUGGCGAGAGAGCAUAGCUGCUAUGUACUUUCUAGAAUGCCCAGGGUUGUACAUAGUUUUAUAAGAACUUCUCUGAUAAUUAUUGUAAUUUGAUUUAAUGUCUCAUUGUCUGUAACUGGGCCGCCAGUUUCCAAUCCAAAUCUUGAUCAAGCCUCUUGUGAAUGUGUUUGAAACCCUCAAUUUGGCUUCAUUAUUUAUUGUGUACAGUAGGCUCUUGUUUUGAUAAGAUUUUAUGUACUUUUAAAGUGAUCAUCAUUUAGAUUCGUUUCUCCAGUCUUCAUUGUGUAUCUUUCUUGUUCCGAUAAGAUUUCAUAUAAUUUGAAGCAAUUGCUUGUUGAAGAAAAAAAUAACUCUAGUAUAAUACAAUUUCGAAAAAGGAAAUACAUGUAAGCAAUUUUCAAUUUCAAAGACCAUCAUGAAGAUAGAAGCCAAGUUGGGGGCAGUGUGACCGUGUGAGAAAUUUACACUUUGCCUCCCGAAUUUUGAAAUGAUACUUAAUCUUAGGAAAUUUAUGACAUUAUUAAUGAUAUAAUUAAUAUACCAUUGCCAUGUAGGUAAGGAAUCAAACAAAUUUAAGCUGAUUUGAUGAUGUAUGUCCAUGAGGCUCUCAAAAAUAAUUGAAGACUCCAAAUUAUUUUUGUGCUGACUGAGCAAAAAAAAUCAAUGUUCAGUAUCUGCAUAAUAUCAAUGAGAUGCCAAAAAAGAUGGUAAUGCUGUAUCAAUCACAUCAAUGGAUUAGGAAACUUGAAGGCAUUUCCCCCUCUUGAUUAAUGGGUAGCAUUGUGUGUUUUGUUUUAUUUUUGUAACCAAUAAAAUUGUGAUGAUGAAUGUGCCA